CCACGAAUUCUCGACGCAGCGUAUCUUGCGCCGGACAUUCUCUGGGCAGUUACUCUCUUGCCUUUCUUUUGCGCCGCCAAUUUCGAGACCGUUCCAGCAGCCAAGAUGCUGUCACAGAGAUUAAUAGGCCGGGCAGCGGUCAAGUCUGCGUUUAGGCCGUCAGGGCUACCCUCAAUUGUCCCUGCAUCCAGAUGGAGGAGGACGUAUGCGACAGAGGCUGAGGAGAGAGACCUCGUCAUCAUCGGCGGCGGUGUCGCCGGCUACGUCGCCGCCAUCAAGGCUGGCCAGGAGGGCAUGAAGGUCACAUGUAUCGAGAAGCGCGGCGCACUCGGCGGAACCUGCCUCAACGUCGGCUGCAUCCCGUCAAAAUCGCUCCUCAACAACUCGCAUCUCUACCACCAGAUCCUGCACGACACAAAACACCGAGGCAUCGAGGUCGGGGACGUCAAGCUCAACCUGAAGCAGCUGAUGAAAGCGAAAGAGCAGUCGGUCUCGGGCCUGACCAAGGGCGUCGAGUUCCUGUUCAAGAAGAACGGCGUCGAGUACAUCAAGGGCACGGGCUCGUUCCAGGACGAGCACACGAUCAAGGUGCAGCUCAAUGACGGUGGCGAAACCAGCGUCGUGGGCAAGAACAUCCUCAUCGCGACCGGCAGCGAGGUCACUCCCUUCCCGGGCCUCGAGAUUGACGAGAAGAGGGUCAUCAGCAGCACGGGCGCCAUCGCUCUUGAAGAGGUGCCCAAGAAGAUGAUUGUCAUUGGUGGCGGCAUCAUUGGUCUCGAGAUGGCGUCGGUGUGGUCGCGGCUCGGAGCCGAUGUCACCGUGGUUGAGUAUCUGGACGUGAUUGGUGGGCCUGGCAUGGAUACCGAGAUUGCCAAGAACAUCCAGAAGAUCUUGAAGAAGCAGGGCAUCAACUUCAAGACGAGCACCAAGGUCGUCAGCGGCGAGAAGACAGGUGACGAGGUCAAGGUCCAGAUCGACUCUUCCAAGGGCGGCAAGCCCGAGACGCUCGAGGCGGACGUUGUCCUCGUUGCGAUUGGCCGUCGCCCGUACACGGGCGGUCUCGGCCUUGAGAAGAUCGGGCUCGAGCUCGACGAGCGCGGCCGCGUCAUCAUCGACUCGGAAUACCGCACCAAGAUUCCCCAUAUCCGGUGCGUCGGCGACGUCACUUUCGGCCCCAUGCUGGCGCACAAGGCCGAGGAGGAGGCCGUGGCGGUGGUGGAGUACAUCAAGAAGGGCUACGGGCACGUCAACUACGGGUGCAUCCCCGCCGUCAUGUACACGUUCCCCGAGGUUGCGUGGGUGGGGCAGUCGGAGCAGGACCUGAAGAAGGCGGGCAUCAAGUACCGCGUUGGCACGUUCCCGUUCAGCGCGAACUCGCGCGCCAAGACCAACCUGGACACGGACGGCAUGGUCAAGAUGCUCGCGGACCCGGAGACGGACCGGCUGCUGGGCAUCCACAUCAUCGGCCCCAACGCCGGCGAGAUGAUUGCCGAGGGCACGCUGGCGCUAGAGUACGGCGCCUCGAGCGAGGACAUUGCGCGCACCUGCCACGCGCACCCGACGCUGGCCGAGGCCUUCAAGGAGGCGGCCAUGGCGACGCAUUCCAAGCCGAUCCACUUUUAACGUGUGAGAGGGCGCAAGAAUCUGGGCGUGGGCUUUCAUGUGUACUCCUGUAACUGUAGUUUUGUUUUCCCUUUCGUAAGGCAUUGCAGUAUUGGUAAAUGGACUCGGCCAGCCGGCAAGGCAGCUUCAAGCACUACAUAAUUCUGUUUUCAUUGCAGGCGAGCGACGGAAGCAGCGCCGUCUUGGCUGCCGUUUGUUGCCGAGGAAUAACUACGGUUUACACAUAGAGCAUGGAUGGGUUUCACAUGAGGCUACGGUAUGGCAUCUCGCAGCCAGAUAGUUAUAGAUUUGAAUUCAUG